AUCAUGGCAUUUGUAUUCCAGCCUGAUUGUUGAAAGGGAAGGCCAAACAGGCCUCCCAGCAAGUCAAGCCAUCGCCAACGGUAAGGAGGGAAACGUUUCACGGCGGAAAAUUUCGAUCAAAAUUUUUUUGUCGCUACUGCUGACUUACGACAUCACAUCGCCACUUUUGUGCAACGUCAUACAUCUUACUUGGCAAAAUCGGAAUACACGUAAGAUCUAUUACGAACAAAAUUACGGAUUUAUAGUCGCCUGCUUUUCUCUUUAUUCGUAACACGAAGAAGAGUCAUUUUUAAGAGAAAACUGCGUUGCUUUAAAUGAACUCUACGACGAAUCGUUACCAUCCCUAUCAGCGCAAUGCAUCCAAAACAAAUAUUGAAUCUACGCCAUUACCAAACUUGACUAUAACUCAUCAGGCAGCGAAGCGAACGAAUGAUUUACCACAAAUAUGCAAGGUUGGGAAAUAUCUUUUAUUGGAACGUCCAGGUGGAAGCGCUCUUUACAAAGCGGUGGACACCGAAACGAGAACAGAACUUGCUUGCAAAAUCAUAGACGUCAAUAAAUUCCGGGAGACUCUAGCGCCGAUGUUUCAUCUUCCUCCACACGAUGGCAUCAACAAGAUUAUAGAAAUCUUGGUCAGUGACUCCUACGCUUAUGUUUUUUUUGAGCGAUCGUUUGGAGAUUUACAUUCUUACGUUAGAACAAAACGUAGACUGAAGGAGGAGGAAGCAAGCAAAUUAUUUCACCACAUCGUCAGUUCAGUUGCACAUUGUCACGAGUCGGGUGUUGUCUUGCGCGACCUGAAACUUAGAAAGUUUGUGUUUAAAAAUCCCGAAAGGUAAGCGCCUUUUUUGGUCCUACAAGGUUUGGGGGGUUUCUAGCUCUUAAAAAAUAGUAAGCUUGGAGAAAUCUUGGAUUUUCCAUGUGGUUUAUGACAAGAUCUAUUCAGUAUUGUUCGUUAACCCCUCGUGGUGGAGAUUGUGUGAACAGUGUUAGCGUGGCGUUAGGACGGGUACUGGUUUGUUUUGGGUCUACAUAUCCUAGCUACGACGCAGUUUUUUUUUCAUUUCUUCAUUAUUUUCUUACAAACUUGAAUGUAAUUUAGUUAAGAACCGAGCUUGUUCGUGUCCGUGGCCAUAACUUUAAGCAGUGGGCCCGUAUUUCUCUUUUUCAUGGCAAUAACAUUGGCCGUUCGUGUUUGCCGCUCUAUUUCCGGUUUGUGGCGUUCUGUAGGCACCUGCAAUAGGAAUGUAUAAAAUCCAUCUCGUGGCGCUGUUUUUAGCGACAAAGAAUCAAAAGAGUCGGUUAAAAUACUUGAAAUAAGAGUAGAGCUGGAGAGUAUUGUUUGUAGAGGGGGAUCGUUCGAUGCGGCAAAUAAUAGUCGCGAAUUUGUGUGGGCUGAUAAUUUCAUAUUCCACUUUCGUCAUUCCCACGCGCGUCGCGUCUUUGUGGGAUGAAAGGCGAGUCAUCAAACCAAUAAAGAGGGCUAUGCUUUAGACACUUUUUUUCGGAAUGGGUUCCUUUUCCCUUUUCCUUUGCGUUUUCAUUUUAUUUUUUUGAUCCCGGAAAUGGCGGGCACACAGCGGCGGGAAAUUUUAAUUCUUACUUGUCAUUCAAUGUAAGUGCAUCUUAUUGCGAAGCCUCCGAAAGGAAAUGCAAUCAAUAUUGCAAUUGGAUUUAUAUAGAACCCCAAGAAUCGUCGGAUCGAAUCUACACGCCGGUGAUUUGGUAAGGUUUGAGUCGUUGUCAGAUGAAAUCAUUCUCCACGUGGCAUUGGGAAAUUUCAAAACGUUGCAAGUUGAUCAAGUGAAAGUUAGCCACGUGGAACUAUGAUCUUUCCACCUUUGUUGCUUUAUUCUCGAAAUUUAUCCGUUGGUUUGCGCCACAAAACAAUGACUGUCGAAACACAAUUAAAUCGCACGCUUUUUAUUCUUAAACGGACGGCGUGUUCCGAUGAUUGUCUAUUGUCUUCGCGAUUUUCAAAAGACGAACGCCCCCGAUGACAUUUCUUUGAUUUGUGAACGGAAACAUUCGAAACCGUACGCUAUAAAAAGAGAAUCUUCAAAUACCGCAGAGAACCCGCAGGUGCAAAAGCGAAUUUUUUCCUCAUUCUGACUGGAUCUUGCCGAGAUUUCCUGUGAGUAAAAUGUUCAGUAUUCACGAUGCCCUCAUGUUCACAAUCGGCAAUAUUAUAGAGUGUUUACCCAAAGGGGUAAAAGAUAGUAUACUUCAGAAGUAUCUUGGGUCUAAUAUUUUACUAUAGUGCAAUUGACAAAGGGUGUUUAAGAUAUUGUAUGUGGGUGUAAGGAUUUUAUUUCUUUACAAUUCCGUUUGUGUUUCUUACUUCCCCGUUGAUCUAUUCUUGUCUUUAACGAUCAUAGUAAUAAUUAAACUUUGUCCUACCGGAGUGAAAAAAAAAAAGGGUCACAAAUUUAAAUACAGCUGUCCUUAAAGCGUUUACGUCUCAAUUACUUGCAAAUGAACAAAAAGAGAGAACCAUGUUUUUUUGAAAAACUGUCAUUAGCUGCGAGCUUUCCAUUGUGAAGCCGGUAAAAAGCCAGUUGUGUUCUCUCAAAAGCUGCUUGUCAACCUGAUAUGUAUUAAAUAGAAGUGAAUGGAGUCUGCGUUUAGCGAAUUGCGAACGAUUUAUAAAUGAAUCCUAUAAAUAGGAUUAAAAUGAACAUCACGGGUCACGCAAAUGCUGAUAAGAUAUAUUGUUACUUUCUGUGCUAGACAGUUAUAUUGAUCGGAAUAUAUGAAAGAAAAGCUUACACGCGGUGCAGAUGUUUUCAACGAGUUUCGAAGUGAAAACUGUGGAAUAAGCGAUUAAAUUAAAUCGGAAUUAUCAGUCAAAUCCUUGCAUUAAAGAUAAGUGGGAUUUUGGUUACGAAAUCUGGCUUUAAGGAAUACUCGGAUAUCUGAGUCGCAGUUUUUUUUAAGGGUCCGAGAUUCCGGCCUUUUCAACCUCCCAUUUCUUUUUUUCUCUCAGUGACAGCUCAAGUUAAAUUCGAUCCAGCCUUUUUAAUGUGCAUCUAGGGUAACAUGCUUUGGCCUUUUGUUAAGUUAUCUUUAAAAAAUGUUAAGCGGUAAGUGGUCUCGAUUUCAAAAGAAAUACCAGUUACCCAUAAAAAAGAAUGAUCCAUGUGAAUCAAAACCAAAACUACACGUGCUUUUUGCCAUGUGGCCUCCGCCCAAUUCUACCUUUUUCGCGGAAAAAAUCGUCGAAAGAAUCGAUUACGUCUUUUGGAGUUAAUCAGCCAUCUUACUGUCGUUUAUUGCAAACUGCGGUCGUGGAAAACGUCAGCACUCGAAUCACUCGGUUUUCUUUUUGACAUGCAACUGUCUGUCAUGUGUCUGAUUAUGAAACAUGGCCAACAGACGUUCUUGUUUCUGUCUUUUGUUCCUUCUCGUUCCCUCUUCUUUCCGCCCUUUGUCAUAAAAAUAAAGAAAAAAAAAUUUAAAAAUCACCAUGUAACAAUUGUGGGUGAGAUUUCUAGACCAAAACAAUUAGACCAAAAUUUCGAAACGUACCUUGGAAAACCAUGUGAGUCCUUAGAAAGCCUUUUGAAUUCGGUUUAAUAAGGUGUGCUAGUUACUCGCGUGCCUCGUGGCGCAUGGGCCCGACGACCCCUUUGUUCUUUGUCUGCCUUCGGUUUGCCUUAUUCCGUGUCAUGUACGUCUCAUGUAGUCUAGUACCCAUUGUUUGAAAAAGUUUAAUUUUCAAUUACUUUUUCGCUAACGCCGAGGUUUUAUUUAUUUAUUUUCAUUAAUUUUACAGAUCAAAUGUAAAACUUGAGGGAUUAGAAGACGCUUAUCCUCUUGACGGCGAAGAUGACACUCUCGAAGACAAGCAUGGCUGCCCUGCUUAUGUGAGUCCGGAGAUUUUACAAGCAAGCGGUGGUUACUCGGGCAAGGCAGCCGAUGUGUGGAGUCUGGGAGUGAUGUUGUACACUAUGUUAGUCGGACGAUACCCGUUCCACGAUACGGAACCGAGUGUGCUUUUCACGAAAAUUCGACGUGGACAUUUCACAGUUCCGGACACGAUAUCAUCAAAAGCGAAAUGUCUGAUUCGCUCGAUGAUGCGCCGUGAACCCACAGAAAGACUGUCUGCCCGGGAAAUCCUUGAACAUCCUUGGUUUACGUCAAGUUUUCAUAUCACUAGUCCUUGUAAAAUAGACCAGAAAAUAGCUGAUCAAACCGUGCCAGAUUUGGCCUCAGAUGACACGCCUUCUUUCUUUGUUUGAGUGCCUUGUUUACUAUAGCAGAUUAUUUAAUUUUUUGUGUACAUAUAUACAUAAAUAGAAAGAACUAUCUCAUUCUUAAGACAAGAUGGAGGAAAAGUGCUUCUUAAAGAGAAAUUAUUCGGUCGAUUUUUUCACUGUUAAAAACCGAUCGCUCGUUAUAGCUCUCUUCAUGCAGGUAUUUCUUUUAAUCUUAUGGAGCACUCGUAAUAUUAAGAAAGUGUUCAUAUGUUAUUAUGUUUUUCUUACUUUUUUUUUCCUAGCGUGAAAUGCGUUAUGCAUAAGGAUAUAAGCUUUGCAAUGUUGGAAGUUUCACUUUUUUGAGCUUUU